AAGACCUAAUGUCUGACACAGGAGUCAGCCCUCAGCUCGCUCCCUCGUCUUUGCUCACAAACUGAACCAUCAUGUGACCACGAAACUUAUUUCCUGUAAUUAUAUUAGUCCCCGGGAUUAAUUAAUUAAUUACUCAAUCUCUCUUCUAUGUAUGCAUAUCUUCUAAAAUAAGCAAGACGAAUCUGUGAAUUAUAGUUUUAUGUGCUCUACUAUUAUUAUAUUGUACAUGUUGAUGAGGUCUUUGAUCAUGGUAGCUUCUAUAUAUACAGAGAACCAUUUGAGUGAUCAUGUCAUAUUAAACAUCAAACUCAGAAGCUAAUAUAUUUUCCAGAGCCUGUUCAGCUAAAAUGUUAACACUUUCACCUCCUCUCUUUCCAAGCUUUGGGUGGCCCUUAGUUGAUGAUCACCUAAACAAUAUUAGCCAAGAUCACGAAGGUACUUUCUUCGGAAAUAUCGAUUCCAUAGAUACUUCCUUUUCAGCCCUCCCUUCUCCUCAAUCCACCAAUUUCGAACCAAUUGUCAGUGACAUCAAUACCACUGGAGUAGUUAAGAAGCUUAACCACAAUGCAAGUGAACGAGAUCGUCGAAAGAAGAUUAACAACUUGUAUUCUUCUCUUUUUUCACUCCUUCCGGAUGCAGAUCGAAUGAAAAAACUAAGCAUUCCAGCGACAGUAGCAUGUGUGGUGAAAUACAUACCAGAACUACAAAAAGAAGUCGAAAGACUGGUUCAGAAGAAAGAAGAAUUAUCAUCGAGAAUGUGUAGGCACAGAGAAGAUCACGACGACUAUCAAGUCGGAAAGAGGAGAAAGAUGGAGAGAGCAGAGACAAGUUCAUCAGCUGCAGUGACAAUCAGUCCAGUUGGAGGCAAAGAAGUUGUAGUUCAAAUAACUGCACUCAAAGCUGACAAGGGUAUACUAUCUGAGGCUCUAGAUAAACUAGAGCUUGGUCAUGGACUUCUCCUGCUAAAUGCUUCUUCUUUCCAAUCUUCUGGAGAUAGGAUCUUCCACAGCUUGCAUUUUCAGGCUCAAGGGAAGUAUGAAUUGGAGCUUCAGGCCAUAAAGGAGAAGAUCAUGUCACUCUACGAGAAGAACAAACAAUGGCUUUUUUGAAUUUUAGCAGUUGAAUUAUCACUUUUUAAUCAGCCCAGCUUCAAGAGUGCGCAGAUAGAUGCAUGUAAAACUUACAGCUAAAUACUCUAGCUAUUAUUGUUCGUUCUACACCAUCAGUACCUUAAGGAGGACCUACUUCGCUUCCAUUGUA